AUGACAAAAGUUACUGUUGAUACAAAUAAUUAUGAAUUAACAGAACAUGAUUCACAACGUGUGAUAUCACCGACUGAAUCUAAUAAAACCGAUCAAAAAUCAGUUUCUUAUGACAAUCCUGUAUUUUCGGAUCAACGACCAUCAAUAACAAGUCUUGGAAAUGGAACACUUGUAACAACAAAAUUAGAAAUAAAAAACGGAGAAGCAGAUGAGGACGAUGAUAUUGAAGAUAAGAACAAUGAAGGGUUUGAAAGACUAACAGGAGAUGGACAUAAACUCGGUUUAUUUGUAUUGAGUAUGCAUGAAUGUUUAGUUCACAUAAUCAAAAAGGAAAAAAAAUUGGCACUUAUUGUAGUAAAAAUAUUGCUUCUUGUUGGUUUUAUAAUUUUUUUUGGCUUUGCUAUGAGUGAAAAAUAUGGCACACCUGCUUUUCCUAUACGUGGAAAUGUAUUUUAUGGAAAUCAAGGUUUUGCUAUGUUUAUUCUUGUUGCUUGUGCUGUUUUUAUUGCUGCAUGGGAAAUAAUUCUUCGAAGCUCACUAGGACGUCUAAUUCAAUUUAUCUCAAGAGCAAAUAGAAAUAGGCCGGUAUGGAUUCGAAUUAGUAAGCUAUUGAAAAGGGUUGCGCAUAUCUUAGUUUUUCUUGCUGUUGCUCUUUAUGUUGGAUUAACAGUAGCCCAACCAAGAAAUUUAGUUUCACUCAUUGGCAUUUUUGCAUUAAUUAUACUUGGAACACUCGGUUCAAAAUAUCCUCAUCAAAUUCGAUGGAAAACCGUAUUAUAUUCAUUUAUUCUACAAUUUCUAUUGGCUGUUUUUGUUAUUCGAGUUGACGCUGGUUUUGAACUUUUUGAAUUUCUUGGACAAGAAGUAACAAAAUUUAUUAAUAAUGCAGAUGCUGGAGCUAAAUUUGUUUUCGGAGAAACUUUUGAACAACAUUUUUAUGUUUUUAAAAUUACUUCAAUAAUUAUUUUUCUUGGAUCCGUGAUAAAUGUUCUUUAUUAUUAUGGUGUUAUGCAAUAUGUUAUAGGAAAACUCGCAUGGCUUAUGCAGAAAUGUUUGAAUACAACAGCAGCUGAAUCAAUGAAUGCAGCUGCGAAUAUAUUUGUUGGUAUAACUGAAGCACCAUUGCUAAUUAUGCCAUUAAUACCGAAGAUGACAACAUCUGAGCUUCAUGCUGUAUUAGUCGGUGGUUUUGCAACAAUGGCAGGAUCUGUUCUUGCUACAUUUAUACUUUUUGGUGUUCCGGCAAAUCAUUUAAUUGCUGCUAGUGUUAUGGCUGCACCUGGUGCACUUGGGUUUGCAAAACUUUUAUUACCAGAAACACAUAAAACAAAAACAUCAUGGGAUACGGUACAAAAUGUGCCGCUAAGUGAACAACACAAUGCAAUUGAUGCUUUAAUGACUGGCGCUGGAAAUGGAUUAAAAAUUUGUGGUUAUCUAAUUGCAAAUUUGAUAGCAUUUAUCAGUGUUCUCAAUUUUCUUGAUGUAUCAAUAUCAUGGUUGUUUAAUCUUGUGCAUCAUCCUGAAGUUAAUUUUCAAUAUAUACUUGGUUUACUCUUUUAUCCAUUUGCACUUAUAACCGGUAUAUCACUUCGUGAUUGUCUUCUUGGAUCAAAACUAAUUGGUAUUAAAGUUAGCAUAAAUGAAUUUAUUGCUUAUCAAGAACUUGGCAAAAUUCGUAAUUUGCGUAAUGAACUUAUAAAAAAUAAUACAUUUCCGUUGUAUUUAAAUGGUACAUUAACAUUACCAAAUGAUGUUUCAAUGUUAUGGGAUGAAAGUUCAUUAGUUAUUAUGACUUAUGCUCUAUGUGGAUUCGCCAAUUUUGGUUCAAUGGGUAUUGCAUUAGCAGCACUUAGUGUAUUUGCACCUACACGAAAACGUACUUUAAUUAAAAUUGCACCACGUGCAUUGAUCGCUGGUAAUAUGGUCUCAUUGAUGACUGCAUCAAUUGCUGGUCUACUUUAUGAUCCUCUAAAUGUACGAGGAUCACCAAACCUUACUAAUACUACAAUGAUAUGA